AUGAUGAGAGUUCUUAUUGCUCUCUUCACAGGGUUUCAGAUCCAUUUCUUGGGCUGCUUUGCAGUUGUCUUGGGUUUGUCCCAGUUAUGCAUAUCCUCCCUGACCCUCUACAAAGCCUACAGUGACUGCAGCCGACUGCCCAGUACCAGUCCAAGUGGGGUGUAUGCAAUUCAGCCCAAAGACACACACCCCUUAAUGGUGUACUGUGAUAUGAACACAACUGGCGGUGGCUGGACUGUCAUCCAGAGGAAUAAUGGUUCUGGUGAGCUAACUUGGGAUGAAUCCUGGACCACCUACAAGUAUGGCUUUGGAGAUCUUCUGAGAGACCACUGGGUGGGGAUGGAGUACAUCUACAAAAUAGCAUCACAGACAAUCUAUCAAGUCCGCUUUGUGAUCUAUGAUGCAUCGUACAAUAUGAAGUAUGCAGAUUAUAACAUGUUCUUAGUUGAUAAUGAAAAAAAUGGCUACAAACUGAGACUGGGCAGCUACUCUGGAACUGCAGGGGAUGGCAUGACUGUACCAGAAACCAACAAACUCCAUGACAAUAAAAAGUUCUCCACCAGGGAUAAGGAUCAGGACAGUUAUGGUGGCAACUGUGCAAGUGGUUAUGGGGGCUGGUGGUAUGAUGCAUGUAUUGCUUCCAAUUUAAAUGUAAAGAGUAGUAUGUCCUGGCACAAACUCUGCUCAAACUGCUUGGGGUCUGUUAUCCUCAUUCGACCUUCCAGCAUAUGCAAGGGUGCUUAAAUGGGAAAAAUACUGGAGUUGUCAGAAGUGUAUACAGAUUUACUGUUUGUCAUAAACUUUGAAAUGCAUACAUGUAUCUUCCAACUUAGCAGGCUCACUAAUGUAUUAACCAAAUGUGGGUCCUAUUAGAUUUGUGCCUUGCCGUCACUGCUUUAUCUGACAACUGCGAUUUUAGGCUUGUUCUCUAAUCUCUAGUGUGAAAAUAAAGUUUGAAAGAUCU